AUGCCGCCGGAUCGUUCCUCACUCCUCUCAGGAUACGUUAAACUCUUGGUCCUGACCUUAGCUGUUCUUGUGCUCCUGGCUCAGGCUUCCCCAGAUGAAUGGGUCAAAAGAUGUAAUUAUAGAAAUGGCAGAUGCAGGCAAUCUUGCAAAGAAAAUGAGAGGAAGAAGGAAAAAUGUGGGGAAAAAAAAAUUUGUUGCAUCCCUGAUGUAAAGUGUGAACCCACAUACUCUGUUGAGAAACAACAGAUGACAUACGAAGCUAAGGAUUUAGAAAGACAUAAACAUAUUCUUUCUGAUAUCUGCAUUGGAUGUGAGACUUCCAGAAGAGCUGAAUGAGAAGCUCAGCA